GUAGCCUGUUAAAAUGCCCGAACUCAAAACACUUCUUUUUCCAAGAUGGCGUCGAUGAAGGACAGCGACACCGGCCUGUGGCUUCACAACAAACUGGGAUCCACGGACGAGCUGUGGACGCCUCCGAGCAUAGCCUCUCUCCUCACCGUGUCGGUAAUCGACAACAUACGGUUGUGUUUUUCCAGCUUGUCGCCGCCGGUGAAGCUGAAACUGCUGCUCGGGAUGCUGCAUCUUCCCAGGCGGACGGUGGACGAGAUGAAGGAGGCCCUGUCAGAGAUCAUCCAGCUGGCUACGGUGGAUUCAGAGCCCUGGGUGCUGAUGGUUGCAGACAUCCUCAAGUCCUUCCCAGAGACUGGCUCUCUUAACCUGGACUUGGAGGAGCAGAAUCCAAACGUGCAGGAUAUUCUCGGAGAACUCCGGGAGAAAGUGAGUGAGUGCGAGGCAUCGGCCAUGCUUCCUCUGGAGUGUCAGUACCUGAACAAGAGUGCCCUCACCACUCUAGUGGGACCCCUCACACCCCCUGUCAAGCAUUUCCAGCUCAAGAGGAAGCCCAAGAGUGCGACGCUGAGAGCAGAACUGCUCCAGAAAUCGACGGAGACGGCCCAGCAACUCAAAAAGACAGCCGGGGUGCCUUUUCACGCCAAAGGGAGGGGACUGGUGAAAAAGAUCGACACGACAACUCCUCUCAAAGGGAUUCCCAAGGCCCCGUUCCGCAGCCCCACAGCACCCAGUAUGUUCAGCCCUCCCAGUAACCGCACACCCAUCGCUCCCCCGCGAACCCCUCUACGGAAGGAGAGAGGAGUCAAGCUUUUAGAUAUUUCAGAGUUGGACAUGGUCGGAGCUGGAAGGGAAGCCAAAAGGAGAAGAAAGACUUUGGAAACAGAAGCUGUGGAGAAAGCAGCCAAGGAAGAGGCGGUGGUGGAGAACACCACACCAGACUACGCCGCAGGCCUCGUCUCUGCACAGAAACUGGGAGCUCUGAACGAGAAUCCUCUGCCUUCGACCAGCUACCUUCCAGCCACACCCAGCAUGGUUCCCUCCUCGUCUUACAUUCCCAGCUCCGAGGCACAGCCAGCAAAUGCUGGAGGUUCGGGACGGGACGCGCUGCAGGCAGCUCGCCAGCCAGAGGAGUCUCCCACGACGGGGCCUGGAGCUGGAACCACCUUACCGAACCAGUACAAACAGAGGGCGCCCAUGUACAACGCCAGCACCACAGCAAACCCUGCAACCCCCACUUCUCCCAGUACGCCGACCUCCACCCCAGCCAGCAAUGGGCCCCCAGCAGCUGCAACCGCCAGCCAGCCUGAGACGCCCACGCAGCCGCCCAGCACCCCUCAGACUGCCACCCCCGCCCCAGCACCCACACAGCCACAGCCUAAAAAGAACCUCUCACUCACGAGAGACCAGAUGUACGCCGCCCAGGAGAUGUUCAAAACGGCCAACAAGGUCACCAGACCAGAGAAGGCCCUUAUUCUGGGGUUCAUGGCUGGAUCCAGAGAGAACCCAUGCCCAGAGCAGGGCGACAUCAUCCAGAUCAAGCUGAGCGAGCACACAGAGGUUCUGCCCAAGGCGGACGGCACCGGCAGCACCACCAUGCUGGUGGACACAGUCUUCGAAAUGAACUAUUCAACAGGACAGUGGACUCGUCUGAAGAAAUACAAACCUAUCACAAACUCCUCCUGAGGAGCUUCGCCGGCUCAGUCCACCACCCAGAACAUGUUUAGGCACACGUACGAGUAUUCGCUGACAUUUGGGCCAAAUCCACUUCUGAGAGGCUGUCGAGGAGAGAAAGAUUCUCCCUUUUACUACGCCACCAAAAUGGAGAACUUAUUUUUGUUUGUUUUUACUUGCCCUUUAAUUGAUUUUUUUUUUCCAAUCAUCUCAUGAGUGAGCCGGCUCCAGGGGGUUGAGGGAGCAGAGAGAGUGUUUGUGCUGCUGAGGUAGCAAAGAGCAGCUGCGUGCAUUUUUAUGUCAAAUGUUUUCAACCCAACAGCAGUGAUGAUAUUCAUCAUUAGAGGCGACCAAAAUGAAAUAAAGAUCACUACAUGGUCA